CGCUUCCUUCAAUUUCCUCUUCUAAAUCUGUUCUAAUGGAAUCUCUCUCUGCGUUCCUAUAGUUAUUCUCCUGCAACCACCUGAGAUGGCUUCUCCACCCCCAGUCCAUGCCGGCGGAGCAGCAGCGCAAAACGCCCAAUACAUCCAACAGUUCCUAAGCAACGUUCUCUCCCAGCGAGGCCCCUCGGCGCUGCCAUACGCGGAGGACGUGAAAUGGCUGAUCCGCCAACAUCUCCUCGCUCUUGUCGAGAAUUACCCGGGCCUGCAACCCAAGACCGCCACCUUCACCCACAACGAUGGCAGGACCGUCAACCUCCUCCAGGCUGAGGGUACCAUUCCCAUGGUCUACGGAGGCGUCGUGUACAACAUACCCGUUGUCAUCUGGCUCAUGGAGUCCUACCCUCGUCACCCUUCCUGCGUCUAUGUGACCCCAACUCGCGACAUGAUCAUCAAACGCCCUCAUUCUCAUGUAAACCCUUCCGGGUUGGUCGCUCAUCCUUAUCUUCAGAACUGGAUUUACCCUAGCUCCAACCUUGUUGAUUUGGUCCGUAAUCUCUGUCAUCUCUUCGGCCGCGAUCCUCCUCUCUAUUCUCGCCCCCAACGGCCCAACCCUAAUUCUAGCCCUAGCCCCACUCCCCCUUCUCCUUCUCCUUCUCAUAGCCUCAGUGAGAAUUCGAAUUCUUCUUCAUCGUCGUCCAUUAGUCGCCCUGGUAUUCCACCAAGAGGUUACUCUUCUUCGUCAUCUCCCUAUGGCGGUCGGUUUCCGCCGUCUCCCCAGCAGCAUCGACCGCCUACACAGACGACGACGGAAGAUGCUGCCGAGGUGUACCGGAGGAAUUCGAUCAACAAGCUUAUGGAGAAGUUACAUGAUGAUGCCGAAGCGUUGAGGAAGGGUAGAGAGGCCGAGAUGGAAGGCCUUUUUAAUUUGCAGGCUGUUUUGCGGCAAAGAGACGAUCAUCUCUCCAAGGAGUUGAGGAAGUUUCAGGGGGAGACAGAGGGUUUGGAGCAGCAAUUGCAAAUGAUUCUUAUGGAUACGGAUCUUCUGGAGUCGUGGUUGAGGGAGAACGAGGGAAGGGUGAGUAAGGCGAAAAGUUUGGAGGUUGAAGAGAUUUUGGAGCCUUGUGAUGCGCUUUCCAAGCAGAUGCUUGAGUCUACUGCGUCCGAUUUGGCUAUAGAGGAUGUGGUGUAUUCCCUGGACAAAGCGGUGCAGGAAGGAUCAAUACCUUUCGAUCAGUAUUUGAGGAGCAUUAGGUCACUCUCGCGCGAGCAGUUCUUCCACCGUGCCAUGGCUUCCAAGGUUAGGUCUGCGCAGAUGCAGGCUCAGGUUUCUAGUAUGGCAGCUCGGGCAUCACAGUAUAUGUGAGAGUUUGUGCUGUAAAUGUCUUGAUGAUUUGCUUCAAGAGCUGCUUCAGAAUGGGGCCUUUAAACAAAUGGAUGGAUUGCCUGCAACGCACUACCUGAUGGUUUAAGGGAGGGAGAGUAUUCCAACGUUUAGUCAGGCAUUUGUAAGUCAAUUUGAUACAGCUACUAUGAGAAUUUGUUGAUGACUGGGGAUAUCUUGAAGAUCUCCUUCUUGAAUAUAAUUCCUAUAUUUUUCCUUGUAGAGGUCAUGGCAUCUAGAUUUGUCUUCCUUUGUUUGCAUUUGGAGGGAAAAGACAGUUUUUGUCUGAAAUUUUAUAGUUCCAAAAUAAUUGAAUUGUAGAACACAUUCUUUAUUUGCAGUUGUUUGUUCAUGACUGAUAUUAUGGCAUAUGAUUCGAAGUCACAGAGUUCAUACUUUCAU